AAGUUCAAAGGCGGAACCAUGAAAGACCCAAGUCGCAGGAGUACCAGUCCAAACAUCAUCAACGAAGAUGUGAUCAUGAACGGUCACUCUCACGAUGACGAUAACCCGUUUGCUGAGUACAUGUGGAUGGAAAACGAAGAGGAGUUCAACAGGCAGAUUGAGGAAGAGUUGUGGGAAGAAGAAUUUAUAGAGCGUUGCUUCCAGGAGAUGCUGGAAGAAGAGGAAGAACACGAGUGGUUUAUCCCAGCCAGAGAUCUCCCGCAAACGAUGGAUCAAAUCCAGGACCAGCUUAAUGAUCUUGUUAUCAGUGAUGGUUCAUCACUGGAAGAUCUGGUGGUGAAGAGUAAUCUUAAUCCAAACGCAAAGGAGUUUGUUCCUGGGGUGAAGUACUAAAUAUAUGAGUAGACUGGGCCCUCUUUUGGUGGAUGUAGCACAAUUUCCACACUGUGAAGCCAGUAUUAGAAGAUUUAAUUGUUAAAACGCUCUCUUCUCUUGUCACUGUGUUACACUUACGCAUUGCCAAAGUUUUGUUAGUCUUGCAUGCUUAAUAAAAGUGCUGAGACUGUUAUUAAGUCAA